GCUUCUCUUGCACCCUCGACAGUUCCUGGGGCAAAGGGUCACCCCUGGAACAUUACACGGUGUCACAUCUUGUUUCACGGCUUGCAACAUUUGUGUCCCGAUUACAAGGUGGACUCUCAGAGUUUAGAACGGGUCAACCCGACUUGCGAACUGAAGUUUUCUGGAGGCAAGAAGCUUAAUCAUUUCUGCUGAUCUUGCAGUUGACUUAUGAUGAGGAGUGCUGAAGUUGAGAUCAAUGAUGCCCCCUUACCUGCAAGGAAUGUCCUGACCAGGGGACUCACUCAGGAUGAGCUUCACCGAGAGACAGGAGCAGCCAUUUCAACAAGGGGGAGGUUCAUGACACCUGAGGAGAAAGCCCGGAAUCAUACAGACAGACCCCUCUAUCUUCAUGUUCAAGCAUCUGAACCUUAUGCAUUGGACUUGGCUGUGAAAAAAAUACAUGAAAUAAUUGGGAGGUACGCCCGGUCAUCUCAUGGAGAUCCAUCUUCAAAGUCAUCCUAUGACAGCUUACAACAAUCGCUCGUCAUGGGAAAGAUCCUCCAGGCAAAGGUGUUUGUUGGCAUUGAUGUUGCCCGUGCUGAGUCUCUCCAAUUUGAUGUCAGAGGGAAAAUUCUUGGCACUGGGGGCUCCAACAUUCAGUACAUUGCCUCAGAGACAGGGGCAACUGUGAAACUGACAGGCAAUGGCUGUGGUGAAGAAGCCUCCAAUGAAGCCCUUCAUCUCCUCAUUGAGCAUGCAGCACUGGAAAAGCUGGAACAAGCCAAAGACUUGGCUUUGAAUUUGGUUGAGACAGUGGGGAAAGAAUUUGUGGAGCAUGAGAAGACGAUUUCAAGCUGCCCGCCCCCCCCACAUCUUUCAACUGCAUCCUCCACUGUCACGCUCAUCAAUCAUUUGGUUCCUCCAAAUGCUCAUCUUCCUCUCACUUCCUCAGCACCAGGUUUGGAGGUACUGGCAGGUGGUGGAUCUCAGUCGCAGGUGGUAAAUGCAUACCUGCACAUUCCACUGAUGCAUCCGAUUCAGCAGGGAGAUGCUUCUGGUGCUCUCACAUCAUCUCCUCUCUUGAUUCAACCUGCAGCAUCCACACAAACGGCAGUAUCAGGAACAACUGCUCCUGCAAUAUUCACUCCUGUGUCAAGCAUAAAUCCUUCCCUGAUGUGGAAUCCAGUUUCCAUUCAUCACUUGCUACCUGCAAUGCAAGGCCUGAAUCAACAAGCAUCAACUGUAUCAGUACCAGUAGCAGUACCUGGAGGACCAGUACAAGAGGUCAUGCAAGUACCUCAGCCCUUCUCAAUGCCAGGUGUCACCAUUCAGGCAUAUUCUCCUGCUGUGAGCUCUGCACCUCCAGUCUCAACAUCUGCAAUGACAAUCUAUCAACCCCCUCUUCUGGCAACAGGAUUAAAUCCUCCUCAUAAGGAACAUUCUCCUAGAGGGAAAGCGGGUGAGAAUAAAUGGAGCCCCCCAGGAGGGAAGCGGACAGGUGAGAAGUUGGAGAAAGGCAGAACUGAUGGGAAGAAGCCUAGGGGAUCCCUCAGUGCACUCUCAGUUUACACUUCAGACGAGGAGGAGUCACGGAACAGCCCUGGCCCAAAAAAGUCCCGUUCUUUCCCGCAAGAUCCAAGUCAAUCCUGGAUCUCUGGAUUGCCAGAUCUCACCAUCCCACCACCACCACCACCUCCUCCACCCCCGCCAACAGGCCAUGUUUCUCCAUUGGGAAUUGGGAAUGGUCUCAUGCCGACCCCCGUGUUUCCCCAUGCCCAGCAACAACAGCAGCCCUUGCUACCCUGCCCCCCUCCUUUGAUGGAUCAACCCCCUUUCCUUCCUCGUCCCCUUCUUCCCAACCACCCACAGGAACCACAAAUACUGGGGUAUCAACCUCAGCAACAGGAACCCUCUAUGGUGCAGCAAGUCAUCUUUCCACACCAAUUAACUGCAUUGCCACAGCAGGUCAUCCUACCCCCUCAUUCGACCAUGGGCCCUCCCCAGCAGCCAUUCUCAGUCGCACAGAUGACCGGAAGCAUGCCGCAGCACCAUUUUACACAGGCACCGACUCAAGGACAACAACAGGCUCAGCUGUUGCCACAGUCAGCUGUGCUGACAGUACCACCUCCUCAUCUCCAACAGGCUGCUUCUGGUGGAAGGAAUCAGCUGUUUCAGCCAGUUCUUAGUUAUGUCUUACCACGUCCACCAGAGACAUGUAUGCUUUGACCUGAUCUGUCUGUGUGAUUUCAGGAAUCUUGAUUGCAUUUCUGAAUGCUGUGAAAUCCCUUCUGAAUAAAAUGAAAUGUAGUUUUCUGUACAGAUA